AAUAGAAUUGCAAAUUCACAUCUCAUCCGUCCCGCCGCCGGGUUGAUGCUAGAACAGAACUCAUCGACGACCCGCUUCUUUUCGAACCCGAAUGUUCUUGAUCCCCAAAAAAUCAACGGAUCUACUCUUCGAGCGGGAGAUUUAGGGUUUAAGAUUUCUUUCAUACAAUCUCCCGGAAUCAAUUUCUUCGAUUUCGAAACAUAUUUCCGCUACACGCUUCAUAAUUGGCUAAAUCUUUGCGUUCAAUACAGCUUCCAGUGUGCACUGCCCACAGAUUUUGAUAUUCUGCGAGGCGCUGAAACAUGACUGAGUAUUGGGUUAGCCAAGGUAACAAAUGGUGCGACUUCUGCAAAAUAUUUAUUUCAAAUAAUCCUUCCACAAUCCGAAAUCAUGAGCUCGGAGAACGUCAUAAGGACAAUGUUGCCAAAAGGCUUGCAAACAUGAGAAAAGAGAAUGCUGCCAAGGACAAGGAACAAAAGGAAGCAGUACGCGCGGUUGAGCAAAUUGAGGCAAAAGCUAAGCGUAGUUAUCAGAAGGACAUAGCAAAUUUCCGGGAAGCUAGAGAUUCUCAUGCACUUCCUGUUGAUGUUCAAGAAAAUGAAGAGAAAUGGGAGCUUGACAGCACUACAGGCUAUUAUUACAAUGAAAGCAAUGGUUUUUACUAUGACUCAAAUUCUGGCUUCUACUACUCUGAUGCUAUUGGUAAGUGGGUAACACAGGAAGAGGCACAUGCUUCGCCUCAGUUCUUUUUGAACUCCAAACAUAAGAAACCAGUUUUAGAGAACCCAUCAUCGGCCUCUGCAAGUGCAGCUACAAAAGACAAAAAUGUGGAUAAAGGGGAAAGCGGGCCUCCGCCUGGGUUGGUUGUUUCAGCUUCUUCAAAACCCAAGCGAUCGGUUAAAGGCGCUCCUUCAUCGAUUGCUGUUGGUAAGAGGAAGAGGCCAAAUGAGAAGCAAAAGGUCAUAUCUGAAGAAGAAAAGGCUGCACUUAAAGCAAGGGAGGCUGCAAAGAAGAGAGUUGAACAGAGGGAGAAGCCACUUCUCGGCCUUUACAAAUUGCCUUGAAAUAGGCCGUUGCUCUCAAAUUACUUAACAUGAGCUGGAAGAGCAUUACUGUAUGGAACUUCCCAAAGCUUUACAAGUUCUUCUAUCACCUUGUUGUUCUUAUAUCUUGCUGCUUUAUUGUGGGGUUUACAUGCAUUCAUUCAUCACCAGGAAUACGAUAUAGUCUGUCUAAGAUUUGCUCCAUCCAUGUAUAUGCUUGGUUUUCUGAAACUAUGAGAAUCAUUUGAGGGAAGAAAAUCCAUGGUCAAUCAAUUUGCAGGCAUGAAACGAUCUUGCUUUUUCCGAUUGAGCAGAAUCGUGUACUGUCGAAAGCACAUGGACGUGAAGAAAUCUCCCUAGUAUCGGCUAUGGCGGUAUCUUCUGUUCAGAAACCAAGGGCUUAUACAAGGUGAAACAGCAGUUAAAGAGGAAAAACAGAAGAAGCUGCUUAUACAUAUUGAUUGACAAUUAAUUCAGCCCUUGCCUGGUUUUUCUUUGUAUUCACAGGAUAAUUGAGAGCAUGAAAUCCAUCACUAAAGGACUUCAACUGGUUUGUGCCGACUUGUUAUAUACAGUAAUGUUAGUCAUCAACCAACCCCAUGUUUUAUAUUCUGCAUUUUCAUUUCUGUAACAUUCAAACUCCUUGCCUUGAAUCUUAAAGCUUUGCAUUUGUGUUGUAAUUUUCAAGUUCAUUCAUACUAAUCCUCAUUCAGGUAGCAAUGGUUGAUCAAGUUGUUGAGAUUAA